UGAAAUGUAGAAGUGAGGUAUGCUUGGUAGCUAAGCUAGCCAGCUAGCUGCCCGGUGCCGAUGCUGUUGCUAACUCGGGUUGUGUAUUCAAUUACAAAGAGCGCCUAUGCGUGCUUGCUUCCAAAAAAUGUCGACUCCAGUUGAGUGGGGGUGAAUGCGGAGAGAAGCUUUUCCGUUAGCCCGGCGGUGCAAUUGUUUCGUCCAGACGGUUUACUGGCCGCCUCCUGCAGCUAACUGGAAGUUUCUCAUCCGCCUGAGGAGUAGGAGGAGGAGGAGGAGGAGGUUUGGCUAAUUAGCAAGCUGCGACAGGGCAAGGCGGCUUGUACAUGUCUUCCUCUCCACCUACUGCUAAAGGGACAUUUUGCAGUUCAUGUUUCGCCAAGAAGUCAGUGUGACGUCUUUCAUUCCGUCUUGUUCGUAUCUGUUCCACCACGAGAAGAGGAACAUGUCCAGGUAUAACAUAUACAGCCUGUUAGACUGGGUGUACGGCGGGGUGGACCCGAAGUUUGAGGGCAACGGGGGCCCAGAGUGCGCCGCCUUCCUCGCGCCCCAGCAGCGCAUCAGUGAAAGUCUGGUGGUACUGCUCGUCUCCAUAGUGGAGAUUGGCGUGGCGCUGAAGAAAAUAAACAUCUCCAAAGAGCUGAAAGUGGUGGGGAAAGAGUGCACAAGGGCAAAAGAGGAUAGUCUCGGCAAGAACCUGUUGCUUGUUGCACUCUGCAUGACGUUUGGGGUGGAGGUGGGGUUCAAAUUCGCCACCAAGACUGUCAUCUACUUGCUGAAUCCCUGCCACGUGGUGACCAUGAUUCAGAUCUUCCUGCUGGCCUGCCCGCCUUGUAAAACUGCAAUGGUUGUGUUUAGGCUGCAGGUCCACAUGUUGAAUGGUGCUCUGCUGGCUUUAAUGUUCCCCGUGGUCAACACCAGACUGCUGCCCUUUGAGAAAGAGGUCUACUACAUCCAGCACUCCAUGCUCUACCUGGUUCCACUUUACCUUUUCAGGAAAGGAGGCGUGUACAAGCCCGAGCCCCUGGGGGACAUGUGGUGGGCGCUGCUCUCCACGGGCAUCCUCUUCCUGUAUCACUUUGUCUUCUUGCAAGUUCUUGGCCUGGCGACCGAGGUGAACCUCAACAACAUGCUGUGCCCGGCCGUGUCCGAUCCAUUUUAUGGGCCUUGGUACCGCGUGUGGGCAGCGGGCCACCAGACCCUCCUGACGCUGGUCCACGGGAAGGUUCUGACUCUGCUGUCGCAGCACACGGGCCCCACGUGCCGAUACCUGCUGGAUACACUCCGACUGCGCAGCAAGAAAAUGGACUGAAGGAUGCACGCGGACCAGCCUUUCACUCUCAAUGCCUUCUUUUAUGUUGCUUUCACGCACCGUCUUUGUACGUGUGCCAUUUUACCAUGGAGGAAAAGGCUUCUUGAGACGUCAUCUGUACUU